GGGGGCCCCCACUGGAAGGAGCAGGCCCUGUCCCUCUCUUCUCCCUGCCCUGGGGACCCCGGCGGCCUGCACCCCGCCUCUCCUCCCCAGCCCAUGGGGACGCUCAUGGCCAAACUGCUCCUGCCCACAGUCAGCAGCCUGGCCUUCCUCCCCACGGUCAGCAUCGCCGCCAAGAGGCGGUUCCACAUGGAGGCCAUGGUCUACCUCUUCACCACGUUCUUUCUGGUGCUCCACCAUGCCUGCACCGGGCCCGGCCUGUCAGUCCUCUGCUUCCUGCGUCACGACGUCCUGGAGUACUUCAGCGUCUACGGGACGGCCCUCAGCAUGUGGGUCUCGCUGAUGGCGCUGGCCGACUUCGAUGAGCCCAAGCGGUCGACUCUCGUGAUGUUCGGCGUCCUGACCAUCGCCGUGCGGAUCUACCACGACCGCUGGGGCUACGGCGUCUACUCCGGCCCCAUCGGCUCGGCCAUCCUCAUCAUCGCGGCCAAGUGGCUGCCUCAGAUGAAGGAGACAAGACGCCUGUUUCCGGACAAGAGCGUGUACACCCAGCAGAUAGGCCCCGGCCUCUGCUUCGGGGCCCUGGCCCUCAUGCUGCGCUUCUUCUUCGAGGACUGGGACUACACCUACGUCCACAGCUUCUACCACUGCGCCCUGGCCAUGUCCUUCACCCUGCUGCUGCCCAAGGUCAACAAGAAGGCCGGAAGCGCGGGGCCCCCCGCCAAGCUGGACUGCUCCACCCUCUGCUGUGCCUGCAUCUGACCGGGCGUCCUGGCUCCGAGCCCCGCUCUGCCCCGUCCCCAGCCUGCCGGGAGCGCCUGUCCUGCCUGACCCGGAGGAACGUCCCUCCUCGGAGCCUGAGGCCUCUCCAGGGCUUUGGGAAGCACAGGCCAGGCGCUUCCUGAGAAGCCACUUCUUAGGGGUGCUAAGCACCACGCUGGGAAGAAAAGAAUUUUCUCCCUUCUGCUAAGCCAAGGUCCUGGCAGAUGGGAGUGUCUGCAGAGCCCCGGAGCCAGCGUCUGCCUACCCCUCCCCCUUCUCUCUCCACCCAGUCCCAGCCACAAGGGGCCCUGCCCACCGUCCCCGGCCGUGUGCCCCCCACGUCACCCGCCACCUGUUUUCUCUUGGCAACCGGUCUGCCCACUGCUGACCUGUGCCCUCAGGCUCAGCGCGCCAGGGCCAGCCAGGCCGCUCUGUCCCUUGCUGCCCUUCCCACCAGGCCCCUGAAUCAAGCCAUCUGCACGUCCUGUCCACCCUCCUCAUUUCAUCCAGUCCUUGAAGCAAGUCUGAGUAGAUGGCAAGUUCAAGGCCCAGAGGUAUCCUACUUUGAGGGGGAGAGAAGGUUGGAAAGUGAUGUAGGGUUAAGAUUAUAGUACAAAAGUCACUCAGUCAUGUCUGACUUCGCGACCCCAUGGACUGUAGCCUGCCGGGCUCCUCUGUCCAUGGGAUUCUUCGGGCCCCAAGCUCGAGACGGCAGGGCUGACCUCAGCCCACUGUCCCUGGGGCCUGGCACCACUCCGGGCACCUCACUCUGGAGCACCUACCGAGCCUUCGAGUUCCCACCCAGGGUGGGCCCAGGUCCGGAACCCCAAGCGAGGCCGCCGGGUCCCCAGGCUGGCCCCACGGGGCAGGGCUUGCCACCAUGUGCAGAGGUCAGCCCGCUCCCAUCCAGGGCCCGCCGGCACCGCCCGGUCGUGGGGGCGGGAGCCAGCCGCCCAGACAUCACCUCACAAAGCCGAGGCUCCCAGCUUCCCGAAUGAUCCGGGCACAUUCGUCAGGCAGGAAGUUACCUACACCUGUCUGGGGCCUGUUUGUGUUUCCAGACGUGCAGCUGCCCACGUCCGUGCCCACCACGUGGGGCGGCCCCUGGUGUGUCCUGAAGUCACCCCGGCCACGCUUCAGGGAGACAGCUGGACCAGGCGGCCCCUGCAGCCUGGCCCCCGUGUGUCUGUGGGCCCCCUUGACUGGCCCCAGGGUCCCGCAUCCUGGGGGCCUGGACACUCGCAGCCUGGCCCUGGCCCCACCCCUUUCUGUCUCCACAGUCCGCUAGUGGCAGAGCGGCCCCCCACGCUCAGGGUCCUCACCACGCCUCAUGGGGCGAGAGCUCGCUCAUCACAGCUCCUGGGCCGUGACCCAGACGCGUCCCCAUGGGAGGGCACAGAACACGGGGGGCCCCCGGCCCAGGGGCGGGCAGGUGACGCCUUGGUCGGCUUCGGGCCUUUCUGUGGGGGUGUGAGCACGCGUGUGCACACACAGACACGCACGCACACCUGCGGAGGCCUCGGGUCUGCCCCUCUGGCCUCCCGGUUCCACAGGGGGAGACGCACGGCUCAGCACCAGCUGGUAAGGCAAAGGACAGACUCUGCGGGCCACGCGGGUGGAGGGGAGCCAGGCGGCAUCACUCCAUAAAUCUGCAAGGUGGCCGGCCCCUGCCCACCACCUCCCGCCGUCCCCCGACCAUCUCCCCAGCCCAUCACCUCCCUCCCAGCCCCCCCGGGCCCUCCCAGCGAGCGCGCCCCAGCUCCCAGCCCCGCGGCAGUGCAGUGCGUGGAAAGUUGGAGGCCGCAGCCUGCUCCCGAGCGGGGAGGAGGCAGGGGCCUGCCAGGCGCAUAGGGGCUGCACCCACAGGCUGCUCACUGCGUCCGCCCUGAUUUAUGAGGCCGCCUGGGAGCCUGGCCAAGUCUGUAAGUCACGGACAAUUAGGAGGCGCGCUCCAGGCCUCAGCCCCGUCUGCCUCUCGGGCUCCAGGCCCGACUGCGCCCCUCCCGAGCACCGCUGGCCCCCGCAGAGACCCCCUCGGAAGGUCCCAGGGGCGGGUCUUGAGCCCACUUUGCAGAUGAGGACCCUGACGGUCGGGGAGGCAGCAGCUGGCCCUCAUGUCUUGGGCACAGAUCACUGACUUGGUGGCGGUGCCCAGGGUCUUGCCAGACAUCCCAGAGGCAUCUUCCUCUGGCUUGAAGGACCACUUAGGCAUCUUGUGGGGUGGAGGGGUCUACCCAAGGGUCAGAGGGGCAUGCCCAGGAAGGGGAAGAGAGGCAGCCCCCCCAACACCCCAAGACUGACAAGGACGAAGUGUGGUGGCCUUCACUCCAACACCUCCGGUCGCAGUGUGAGGGAGUCCUGGGGUCUUCAGGUCCCUGGAAUCUGAGACUCAGGUCCCUGGUGCAGGAAGCGCCCCCUCCCCAGGCCGUCCCGGGCCAUCUUGGGCUCCAGACAGGACUGCCCCUCCCACCCAACCCCGAGGCAGGGAGGACUGGGGUGCCUGAGUCCUGAGAUUUCUGAGAGUGAGUGCCUGGAAAAGUCCUCCGAGAUGUCACUGGAGGCCUCGAGAGGUGGCGUGCCACGGAACUCACUUAAACGGUGGAGAUGCUCACCCCGACCGGGCAGCGUCCGCCUGACACACAGGCUCUUUGAGAGGUGAGCCUCUCAAACGUGCCUGGCAGAGCUGGCUCUUUAAAUGUCAGCUGAGUCUAAUUGAUCUGAAAGUAAAUAGCCACACGGGUAGGGUUGCAGAUAAAAUACAGGAUGCCUGGUUCUAUUUGAAUUUCAGAUAAUAGAUAAUUAUCUUGCCUCAGUGUGUCUUACAUUCGGAGCACACUUGCAGGAGACCUACUUAAAAAUGGCUCUAUUCCUCUGAAAUUUAAAUGUAACCCAAUGUCCUCUGUUUUAUGGGGCAUCCAGCCCCCAUGGCUAGAAGGUCCCCACAGGGCAGCGCGUUUGCAGGAGACAAAAGGAUGGGCAGCUCCCUGGACACAUGGGUUUGGGUGCCCAGGGCUCACCCAGGCAACACAGGCAGGGAGGCUUUAUUGCCCAGUUCAGGCUGUCGCCUGGGCCGGGCGAGGCGGGGGCUGGGCGGGUACAGGCCCGCACUGGCCUCUCGGGGCCUGGGCUCAGCUCCCAGACCCUGCGGAGCAGCCGGUGCCUGGCUGAGCACACGCGUGCCCCAGGCCCACGCACACACACAGCCCCCCUCCCCAGCCCACUCGGAGCCCCGUCGGGGGAGGAGGAGGGGGGCUCCCCGCACACCUCCCGGGUCCCAAACGGAGAAGUACUAUAAACAUUCGCAACAACGUAGACAAAACAGUCUAUUGUAGCGGGCCCCUCCGCCUCCCCCCGGAGCUGGGGUGAGGUUGGCAUGGCGUGGGGAGGGCUCGGGCCCCCGCCAGGGCGUCCGCUGUUUGCACAAGCGGAGGUGUUUUCGUCUGAGUGCUGUGGCCUUUGUCACGUCUGCUACUGAGAUUUCCUGUCUCUGCUAUUCUCUUCCCAGCAAGACCAUCUGAAACCCAAAACUUUUAUUGCCCCUUUAAAAGCCGGCUUUACGGCUCGCCAUCUCCUGCAUCCCGGUCUGUUCCUCCUCCUCCUGCUCCGAGCUGCUGCGAUUGUAGUUAGGGGAGGCCUGCUGGGUGCUGUGCUGUGGCAGGAAUUCGCCCUGGUCUCCGCCGCAGGGUCUUGGCGGCAGGAGCUGCAGGGAGGAGGGCCAGGUAUGUGGGCAAGACGAUUCUGCAGAGUCGGCAGGAAGCCCCGGGGUGUAAAACUCAGGCCUGCAGCUUAGCUGGUUAGCACACAGAGCCGAGAGCAGGGUCCGCAGAGACACACUGCACGUGACCCCGGGGACCUGGCCACCCACCUUGAGGCUCUGUGCCCUGGAGCGUGGGUCUUCCCAUCCCCGCGCCUGCUUUCCCCACCUUCGACGGGGAGCGGCAGCCCCUCCCUGCCCAGCUCUCGGGCCCAUGAGGGUGAAUUAGGUGAAUUAGGUCAGAGGCUGGCUGGACUGAAGAGGUCUUGGGAAUAAAGAGAAGAAGGCAGGAGUAGGAGGCAGGAGGUGGGGGCCGGGGGGUUGGGAGGCAGUCGGGGUCCCACCUGUAGUUUCCCCGCUACGUCCCCGACCCCGAGGCAGGCCCACUGAGUCCCCCGGUCCUCUCCGCCUGAAUUCGUCCAUUUGUAAUAGCGCUCACUUCACGUGGGUUUUGCCAAG